AUGAUGGCUGCAUCAACUGUCUACAUGAUUAGGCAUGCCGAAAAGCCAGAUGAUGGCUCUCCUCAUCUCUCUAGUCGGGGACUAGCAAGAGCACAGCACCUCCGUCACUUCUUCGGAAGGGACAGCGGGUUUGAUAUUGGCUAUAUCAUCGCCGAGCAUCCUGAGCAAGGUUCGAGCACUCACAUUUGGUUCGAUUUUCAGGCAGUAUCCACCUACUGCGGAGCCUCGCCUCAUCCUGGAUUGUACAUCAAGCUAAUAAGUUUGUAUCUAGAUUCUAGGUUACACGCCUACGAAACUGUCAAACCUCUGGCUGAUGAUUUGGGUGUCACUGUGACAUUCAACACUAGUAUCGACAGAGACGACGCUGCAGGUGUUGCGAGUGUUGUGAAUGAGUAUAAAGGAGCCGGCAAUGGCAACAUCCUUAUCUGUUGGGAGCAUCAUAACCUGUCUGAUAUCGCAAAGGCUCUUGGCAUAAAAGGAUUUGCAGAGGGUAGUGGCGGGUCUGGCGAGGUCAAAUACCCAGGCUCACAUUUUGAUCUUGUUUGGGUUGUACCGGCCCCUUAUGAUGAGGUUACCCGUGUACUUAGUCAGGAUACCCUGGGUUAG